CCCUUGAUUCCCUUUCCUCUCUCUCUCUCCCGGCCCUCUACUCCCUUGAUUCCCUUCCAUCCCUCUCUCUGCAUCUCAUUCCUCUUAUGAAUCUCCCAGGUUUUGAGAUUGCUCCAGGUUUUGAGAGAGCGGCGAGCGAAUAAGGAGGAGAUUCACUAGAUCAUUUGCUUCCUUGGAUUUUUAGGGUUUUGUUAUUUCUAUGCUCUGUCUUCGGAGAAUGGCUAGUUGGCUCAAAGGAAAGUUGGAGAGGGAUUUGCAGAUGGUAGCAGUACCGCAGGAGCCGCCUACAAAAACUAGUGCUCUCCCGCCACUACUGUUAACCUCUACUCCUGCUGCUGGGGCGGAAUCCAACGCCCUGGUGGAGUACAAAAAAGGCACCGGUCUGAAGGAGGACGACGAAGACCUGGAGGUGAAGUUGCGUCGGAUCAUUGACCACGUCCCUGUCCGUGUCAGCAACACUUCCAGCAGCUCUACAGGUUCCGGCUCUGGCGACUUCCACCAGAUUCAUCUUGUCUGAACUGAAUGGUCAAAAUUCAAAAUUUUGCAUCCAUACUCACUGUACUAGAAUGAGAACAUUGAGAAGACACGAGGGAAUCACAAUGCAAGCCCACUUACUUGGUAUGACUCCUUUGCAUGAAUAAGAGAUAAGGUGAUUGGAUAGUAUGUGAUCUGUGAUAUUCAAGUUCAUGUUAGAAUGGUUGUAUGAGUGA